AUGGCAGCGUGUGGGCUUUAUGCCUGGAAGGAGAGAGCCCAGUUGGAAGCGAUCCGACUUGCAACGGAGGCCGAGUGUCCUUCCCCAUGUGAACAACUGUUCGUUGCAGCGGCAUCUCUCACGGCUCGAGCUUGGCCAACUCGCCUAGGGAGACUUUGUUUUGCGUCGCCUCCAUUGCGCUGCGCCAUGUGCGAGUACAAUGCCCUCAACGCCAACGCGUUUGCGUAUCCGGCCGGGCCUCAAAAUCCCAAGGCCGGCCGUAACUCCGUGGACGAGCUGCUGAUGACUGCCGCCAGGGAGAGCGCAAAUGCGCCGAACCGGGCAUUGAAGCGACGUGUCCGUCAACGCUUGCACAAGAAGCUGGGCGCCAUAUUGACGCUGGAAGAGUUCGAGAGCGCAAAGGAACGCUUCCGAGCCAUGGAGGAGCAGCAGUCAGCGCGAGCGAAGCUUGGACUGGCACUGCCAUUACUGCAAGCUCCCUUCCUUCGCAAAUUCCGCCUCCAAGUGGAUACGGCCCGCCCGACGUAUUGA